GACCUCGAAAUUUGUCAGGGAAAAAUGCUAAAAGUUGCUGGAAAUCGGGGAACGUCACUUGGGGAAACUUGCGGCAACCCUGAAUGUUCACAAGCUGGCACUGCAGAGCUUGCUGACUGCAUUUUUGAGGGAUGAGAAUAUUCUUGCGAAGUGCACAGAAUUGCCCCAAACUAUAACACCAUAUGAGAUAACAGAGCAAAAGUAAACAAGCUUUUGUGUUUGUGUCCAAGACAUAGUGUAUAGUGAAGACAGAAGUGUUCAUUUUCUGCUUAAGGUGUUGAACAUGAUACUUCUGAGAGAGCUUUUCAUCUAUCUUCAGUCUUAAGAAUUUAAAAUGUCUGUUCGACCAGCUCAGGACAAGACUAUUUCUAUUUUACAAGAGUUCAGUUGUUGGCAGUGAAGUAUUAAUCCGUUCUCCAAAAGCCGUGUGCUGAUGUUGCCAACUACCUUGUCAGCUAGAUGAUUUACUUUAUGUUCAGUGUUUUCCGAGAGAACACAUGUCCGAAUAUACAAAAGCUUUCAUUUGCAUUUGCAGUAGGUAUGAAAAAAAAAAAAAAAAAAACAGAAGCUCCUGUUUGUGUUUCCUAUAGAUAGUGGAUAUAAUAACAGCUCCUUUAAGUUAUGUUUUCAGAUUAUUUUUGAUGCCACAAUUUCCACUCACGUUGUUACUUUUGUGUUUUCUUCUUGCUUAGUACUCUUGAUACAUUUUGUUCAAAGUUUGACUAUGGUUCCUGCUACUAGGUGCGAGAAUACAAGUGAGUUGGCUUCCAUUCGGACGUCUACGAUGAGACAAUGGACAGGGUGAAAGGCCUCGGUGUUGAUACCGAGUGCACUGGUGGUGGCAGAAUACAGCACGACCCCAGUGCCAAGGUCAUCAAAGUAUACAGCUACUCACAGGGGUUUGGGAAGGCAGACCACAGCAAGACAGUAGAAAUUCUGAAGACUGCAUAUCCUGUUUACAACAUUACUUGGAGUGAUGAAGGAUACUGAUCUGCUCAGGUUGUAAUAUUUGACAUUGCAGCUUUUGAAAAUGGAGCUGGAUGUUGUGCCCUCUUUCCUAUUGGAGUGUUUCUCUGUGAUCAGAAUUGGAGGCAGACAAUUCACUUGAACGUCCAUUGCUGUUGUUGAUGUCUUUGAAUCAUGUUGUUUCUUUGUGAUUAAUAAAAAAGUUAUACAAUCCAA